AUGCCCAAAGUACAUACUACGCCUGCAUUACAUCUUCUACAGUGGCCGCUGAUUCGAGACUUGGUCUCUGGUCCUUAUGAUCCUCAUACCUUGCUACAGCUUGAAAUGGCUCGCGAGCCGCUCCGAACGUCCUCACCCAUGGAGUUUGACUUGUCCAACGCAGGGCUUUAUAUUCAGGCAUUCUUCGAACGAGUCAAUGUCUGGUAUGCCUGUGUCAACCCCAACACGUGGACUCAGUACUACAAUGCUGCUGUCUCGGUCAGUUUUCGAGAAGGCCCUGAGAGUUGUGUUGCUCUCCUGGUAUUAGCUCUCGGUUGUGCCGCCCGAUGUGGAAGUAUCUCAUGUAUUUCUCAAAAUGAAGAUGCACCAGGCCUUCCAUAUUUUGCAGCGGCAUGGAGUCUUCUUCCAUCCGUCAUGAUGCGAAAUUCGGUACUUGCUGCCCAGUGCAUAAUUCUCACGUCCGCCUAUCUAUUCUACUUGGUCCGGCCCCUGGAAGCCUGGACUCUGUUAUCAAAUGCUAGUAUGAAAUUGCAGUUGCUAUUCGGCAAUCCCUCGCGCGUUCCUUCGCAAUGGAGGGAGCUAAGUGUGAGAGUAUAUUGGAAUGCUCUUUUAUACGAGAGUGACCUGCUAGCAGAACUGGACUUGCCGCACUCUGGCAUAGUACACUUUGAGGAGCUUGUCGACCUCCCGGGUCGGUUUGAGGAGGAAGAGGAUGAUGAGGAAGAUGAGGAUGAAGAAGAAGAAGAAGAAGAAGAAGAAGAAGAAGAAGAAGAAGAGGGAGUAGACAGCGAACGUCGAGAAGGUGAGGUUGUGAAUCGAUUUAUCGGCCGUGACGAGCUCUGGUACUUCCUAGCGGAGAUUGCUUUGAGACGCUUGCUCAAUCGAGUGAGCCAUAUGAUCUAUCAGAAAGACAAUUCUCUAACCCUAGGCUCCCUUGGACCAAUAGUCUCGGAGCUAGAUUUCCAACUCUCACAGUGGUAUGAAAAUCUUCCUCAGCCACUUCAGUUCCCGCUUUCUCACACACCCACUUCCAAUCCGGUCCAAACUGUCCUCAGGCUGCGGUAUUUUGCAUGCCGUACAAUCAUCUACCGACCAUAUAUAUUGGCUGUUUUCGAAAACGAGCAGGCAUGUUCGGAUCCUAAUGUGAGGGAGUGCUGCCGACGAUGCUUGGAAGCUACCUUACGCCAGCUUGAGAAUAUCACAAGCCACCGUGAAGGACAUCUCCCGUACCUCUGGCAGGGUGCGCUGUCGAUGGUAUCACAAACGUUAUUGAUUAUGGGUGCAACGAUGUCCCCAGCUCUUUCGACUCUACUGCCCCCAACAAGUCAGGUGGACCGAGUAAUUUCCAGUGUCAUGGCGGAGGUUGAUAGAUAUGCACAUCUUGCUCCAAGCUUAAAACUAUCUGCAGAGAUAAUCCGGGAUGCAGAAAGACGCCGACAAAUAUGUUUCAUGUCAACAGGACAGCGAGUAUGA